AUCGUCCCACACCUGCCACCAUCCUGUGGGUCAGCUGCCCCUGUGCCAGCCAAUAAUGCUGCCGCUGCUGCUGCUACUGGUACCCGGACUCCUGCCCCGCUCAGCCUCCUUGAAGUCACAUGUGCACCGGCGUGGACUGAUAGAACUGGCAGAAACCAUAAACUGUGUUGGCUCCCGCACCCCCCUAGCCUAUGUUAGCUAUGGCUGCUAUUGUGGCCUGGGUGGCCACGGCCAGCCCCUGGAUGCCAUUGACUGGUGCUGUCAUAAUCACGACUGCUGCUACUAUAAUGCCCGGCAGGAGGCUGGCUGCCGGCCCAAGCUGGAGCCCUACUUGUGGAAAUGCGUCGAUCAGCGCAUUGAGUGUGAACCAACAGAGGACAAAUGCCAAGAACUCUUAUGCAAGUGCGACCAGGAGAUUGCUUACUGCUUAGCCCAAACUGAGUACAAUUUAAAGUACCUCUUCUUUCCACGUUUCUUAUGUAGGCACGGCCCACUCAAGUGUGACUGACUAGUUUGACUUGAAAUGUUCUUUUGCACAAGAAAAUAAAACUCCUUUUCACUAAUCAAUAGCCAUAUUCAGUUAUUUGCACGAGGGAACUGAGUUAAAGCUGCAACCUGUGUUUGCUUUCCCUCUCUGUCCCGGAACUUGGGGCUGGAGCCUGUUAGGUUUCCAGUUUGCUUAAGGUCAAAAUCCCAUGUGUAUUUAUAAAAUCAUAACUGUGUUUAUGACUGUAUUGGGUUUGGUACCAUUUUUGAGGUUCAACCUGUGUGAAAAGGCUGAGCUUGUCUUCUAACCUACCCUUGGUGCACAAACACCUGCUAAGUGCCUGGCCUUGUUCUAGGUACUGGGUUGAGGCCGUAAACAAGACAACCACACGACACCCUUGUGAAGUUCAAGUCUAGUAGUUGUUAGCUCAAGAAAGAAUAUUCUAAAAAAAAAAAAAGAAAAAAGUAUUCUUCACCAUCUUCCUCCUUUAAUAGUUAAAAAAAUUUUUCCUGAUUACAAAAGUAUUACACUCACUGCUUUAAAAAAGGGCAAAUGCAGAGAAAUAAAAAGGA